CACACACACACACACACACACACACACACACACACACACACGCACACACACACACGUUCAAAAAUAGAACCUUAAAGAGCACAUUUAUGUUUUUUGAAGUCCACAAACACACACACACAUAUAAAGAAACCCACUUCUGGUCUGUGUACUUGUACACACACAGUACACACAGCAGGACCUCGGUGGUCCGUCCUAUAGGAGCAACGGGCCAGUGGGCGGAGCCGACCCGUCCAGCACAGACGCUAUUAUUGGCCGUUUCAUUGUGGUUUGAACGCCGGGCGAGUCUGAGGAAUGUGUGUUGGUAUGUGUGUGUGUUUGUUCCAGAGAGGAGAACUUAGUUGAUGCAUAUGUGCGUGUGUGUGUGUGUGUGUGUGUGUGUGUGUGUGUGUGUGUGUGUGUACGCCACAUGUGUGGACUUUUCCUUCUGUAUAAUCACAGAUGUAGCGGUGGAUGAAUACACUUCUACUAAUUCAAAUCUAUAUAAAGCAUUUGUUGAAGGGCUGCAGUAUGUUAGAAGUUUGUGGGAAAUUUAAGAAAAUGUAAAAGUUAGAUUGCAAAAGUAGAGGAUCCCAGUUGGUUCCCUGUGGAACCCCUUUUUAUAAAGGACCUUUGGGUUUUAACGCAAUCUUUUACAAAGUAAAGCGUCUUGGUAGAGUUGUUCUGAUGCUGAUACAAGUAUCAGAAAUACCUCCGAUUCAGCCUAAAAUACUGGAUCAGGUAUCCUCGAGUACGUAUCUGAUAUCACGUCAUCACGUAGGCUAGGUUAACGUAGAUCAAAGGUUCUUUAAGGUUCUAUCUGUGUCUCCUGCAGGUCUUCCACCCACUUCAAGGUGAAGGCUCAGGUCCGAGUGUGUGAGAUGUGGACGGCCGGCUGCAUGGACGAGGUGUGUGAGGGCAGCACCAACCCGGAGAGGAGCUUCGUCAUGGGCUGGCCCACCUGCAACUGUGUGGCCACCUUCAGCUCUGAGGAGCACAAGGACAAGUGGUUGGCACUCAUCAAAAGUCGGAUAGUUGCGGGCAAAGAGAAGGACGACCCCAAGACCGUCCCUCUGAAGAUAUUUGCAAAGGAUAUUGGAAAUUGUGCAUACGCCAAGACGCUCGCGGUCAACAACACUGACAGCACCACUGAUGUCAUCCGCAUGGCUCUGCUGCAGUUCGGCAUAUCGGGCUGCGUUAACGACCACCGGCUGUGGGUGAACUCCAGUAAGGACGACCCUCCGUACCCUCUCAUCGGCCACGAGUUCCCCUUCAGCAUUAAGAUGAGCCACAUUCGGGACGGUGGGAGCUCCGCUGGCGGAGGACCAGGGUGGGAUCCGACGAGUCCCACGGACUGUCCAGGGGCGCUGCUGCUGGACCAGUGUCUCCCUCCAGACACCCAGUGCCAGUUCAUCCUCAAGCCCAGCAAGGUCUCCCCGGGACAGGCUCCGCUCUCAGGUGAGACAGCCGGUCUGGAGGGUCCGUUCUGGGGGGUUCGACCCCUUUCUUUAAUGAGGUCACAUCAACAGUUCAGUAAUUAAAGGGACACAGAAGCAAACACUGAUGACACCAGAAGUUUGCUUUUUUUUACCCGUCGUAGCAUAACACGUGGCCGUCAUGCAGUUAUUUCUGUUUCUUUUAGUGUGAAUAAAAAAGCAUGUUCUUGCAAAAGUUGCAAAACAAAUUAGUAAACGUGCUUUCAAACCAAACAAGCCUAACCUCAGGUCCUCAGGUCCUAUUAAAGGUUCAGCGUUCUGGGUUUACAGUCAACACGCAGCAGUUAAAGUAUGUGUUGUGAAAAAUAUGAGUUUCUUUCCAUCAACAUGUCAGUUGAGGUUUUUUUAAGUCGAGUGUCGAGAAUCCGUCCGUGAAUCUCAUUCUUUAUGAAACCACGAGAGGACAUAUGAGGAUGCAGAAGUAGCAAUGCGGGACGGAAUCUCUGUGUUGAUGCUCGUCGUGAGGAUGAGUCAGCAGGUGAGGAGGAAUCAGAGUCAAGGAGAACGGUGGGAAAGCAGUUAGCGGACGAGGGGUCACAGCGGGGGGGUCACGAGAGACGCAGAGUCGGAAUAAGAAAAACAGCAGACGGACAAAGAGGAAGAAACCCCAGAAGAGACGGACGAGAGAGAGAGGAGGAAGACGGAAAGUGAAAAGUGAUGACACAGCUAUUGAGAAAGUCUGAAGGCCAGCGGAGGUGAAGGAAAGA